CUGCAACGGUUCAAUUUUCCCGCUAAAAUUAUUUCCAUACCCUCGUUUUCCCAUUCUGUUCCUCUCCUUCCAAAUUCCCGUCCCCCUAAAAAAAGAGCUCUUCCCUGAUCAAUAUGCAGCGUCCAAUUCGAACCACCCAAGAAAUUCUUCCCAAUAUAUUCCUUGUGAGAACAAAGAUGGAAGAAACUGCCCAAAGAUCCCAAAUUUCCACCUUCCCGAAUCCCACCGUACCGUCACCGGCGGCCACCGCUUCCCCGCGCUCCGUCCGCCGCCGACAUGGGGAUCCUCUACGGGAUGGUGGCCAGAGGCCGGGUGGUGUUGGCCGAGUUCAGCGCCGCGCAGACCAACGCGGGUCAAAUUGCCCGCCAAGUGCUCGACAAAUUGCCCCAAGGAAACGACGACAUCAAUUCCUCCUAUUCCCACGACCGCUACGUCUUCCACGUGAAGCGCACCGACGGCGUCGCCGUCCUCUGCAUGGCCGACGAUGCGUCAGAGAGGAGGAUGCCUUUCGCGUUCCUCGAGGACAUCCACGGCCAGUUCGUCCGGACGUACGGCCGGGCAAUCAGCUCGGCUGCCGCCUACGCGAUGAACGAUGAGUUCUCGAGGGUGCUGAGCCGGGAGAUGGAGCGUUACUCGAAUGAUCCCAGGGCGGAUAGGCUGGAUCGUAUCAGGGGCGAAAUGCACGAGGUGGGGCAGAUGCGGAUAGUGAUGAUAAACAACAUCGAGAAAGUGCUGGAGAGAGGUGACCGGCUCGCGGUCCUUGUCGAUAAAACUGCGGCGAUGCAGGGGAAUUCGAUUCGAUUCAGGAGGCAGAGCCGCCGGUAUAGAAACGCCAUGUGGUGGAGAAAUGUCAAGCUUUCGCUGAUGCUGCUAGUGUUCAUCUUCCUGCUCGUGGCUUACAUAGUGUUUUCUUUGGUCUGCAAUGGCUCUAUUUCUCCAUUCCUUCUUCCUCUCUGCUUCAAAUGAGUGCGCCAGUGGAGCAUUCUGCAUUUCACUAAUGUUUCUAGUUCUUGGGCAGGGUUAUACUCUCUCUUUGUAUAACUUCGUUCAUUAGGAAGUCUCUUUAAGGAUGGGAUUUUUGUUUUGUGGGGAGAUGGGAAGGUGGAUUUGUUUCUCCCCUCGGAGAAUUUUUUGACUUUUUUUAGUUGGUUAUCUUGUUUAUUUUGUAGAUGAUUUUCUAUUCAAUCGUCAUAAAUCUUAACAUGAAACAUUGAAUAAUUUAUACACAUUAUUGAAAAGUAAGAUUAAAAAAAAUGCUAAGUGUUGGCCUCCUGACUAGCGUCUAGUUCGAUUAAGCGUGUUGCCUAGACGCGAUUGGGCGUGCGAAGCAAAAUUGAAAGAAAUAUGGAAAAUGAUCAAUAGAGAGACCGAAACUGGUAUAUUGAAAGAUCAAUAAUCAUUUUCUUUCACACGCACCUUAUAUGAACUCAACAAUUUUAUUGUAACAAAGCCAAAAAGAG